AUGACUACUGUUCUCAAAAAUGUCGUGGUCGUCGGAGGGUCCUAUGUUGGACGGGUCCUUCUGAUCGAGCCGCAUAGCCAUUUCCACCAUCUCUUCACGUUUCCUCGGUUCGCCAUCGUCCCAGGCCAGGAACACAAGGCAUUCAUCCCCUACAGCGGGCUCUUCUCAGGCCUGCCCAACGCGGCCAACCACGCCGUGAUCCAGGCGCGCGUGGUGACCGUGCACCCGCGCCACCUCGACCUGGACCGCGAAUGGCAAGGGUCGAAGCAGCUUCCGUACGAGUACCUUGCGCUCGCGACGGGGACGACUCUGGCGGAGCCGGCCGGGAUGAAGCACGACGAGAAGGCCGCGGCCGUGCAGUACCUGCAGAGGCACCAGGACGCGGUCAAGCGCGCCAAGUCGAUCCUGAUUGCCGGCGGCGGCGCGGUCGGCGUGCAAAUGGCGACCGACCUGAAGGAAUACUACCCGGACAAGAAGGUGACGGUGGUGCAGUCGCGGGCGCGCGUGAUGCCGCAGUUCCACGAGAAAUUCCACGAGCUGAUCGCCAAGCGCUUCGCCGAGCUGGGCAUCACGCUGAUCACGGGCACGCGCGUCGUCGUCCCGCCGACGGGGUUCCCGACCGACGCGGCCAAGCCGUUCGAUGUCCAAUUGACUAACGGCACCACCGUGCCGACGGAGCUGGUGAUCCUGGCGACCGGCCAGAGACCUAACAACGGCUUGGUGGCCGGUCUGGAACCCUCGAGUCCCGGCUCGUUGAUAAACCCGGAGAACGGAUUCGUUCGUGUCCGCCCGACCCUGCAGCUCCUCGAUCCGAAGUACCCGCAUAUCUUUGCGCUCGGUGAUAUCGCUGAUACGGGCGUGCAAAAGGCCGCAAGGCCCGGCAUGGGCCAGGCUGCGGUUGUGGCGAAGAAUGUCAGGGCGUUGAUCGAUGGAAAGGAACCCACGGAGACUUAUGUCAAGAAUCCCGCGGCCAUCCAUAUGACGUUGGGCAUGAAAUAUAAUGUCAUCUUCCGCAAUCCCAACGAGGCCGAAGGUCAAACGGAGCCCACAAUCGUGGAGAAGCAGGAUGGCCAAGAGGAUAUGGCAGUCGAGGGCUUUUGGGAGAGAUCGGGAAUCAAGGUCAAUAACCCGCAACAGUAUCAUUUGUGA